CCUCUCCCGACCAAACGGCAAUGUGCAUUUAAUAAAGCUAUCGCUGUCGCGCGACAUCGCAAAUCAUGCGGUCAGUCCGAGUUCUUUUGGCUUUGGGGAACCGAUCCUAUCCUUCAACGACAACUCCAGGUGCUAUACGGUUGACCUAGCAUCACCAUGGGGAUCAAGACCAUUUUCACAAACUCGACACUGGCCAAGUAUGGCAGAGCCAUUCGCGCCACGCCUCGCGAGGUCAUCUUGAACCGCGAUCUCCUCUCUACCGCGGUCCUUUAUGCAAUGUCAGGCAUUCCUCUAUGUUGGGAUCAAGGUUCAUCUUCCACGAUACCUUCACUACCCGGGUUCGAACAGCACUUUGGCAUCACCUCAAGCGCUUCGCAGAUCAAAGACUUUAUAUCACUCGUUUACAUUGGCGCUGGUGUCGGAGCAGGUCUAAGCUUCUUCAUCAACGAUCGCGUCGGUCGCCUAUGGUCUCUCCGUCUAUACAUGUUUAUCUGGAUCCUCGGUCAGCUCAUCGCGACAGCCUCCCCAAACAUCGGAUGCCUAUACUUUGCGCGCAUAGUCUCAGGUUUCGGCAUUGGUCCACUGACCGUUGUGGGACCCGUCUCACUCGCCGAGAUUGCUCCAACUGAGAUUCGUGGUCUCAUCACUGCGUGGUUCAGUGUCGUGCUCCUGUUAAGUCUGUUUGUGGCUGCAUUCACAGUGUACGGAGUCUUCAGCAACAUGGCGGCAACCCGGCUGCAAUACCAAGUGGUCUGGUUCUCGCCGUGCAUCUUCCUGGCCCUCUGCAUUGCGGCAAGUUUCUUUGUGUGCGAAUCGCCGAGAUGGCUCUUUCUGAAGGGUCGUCGUGAAGAGGGUGUCAGAACCCUUGAGAAACUACGCGGGCUGCCCGCCGAACAUCCAAGGGUCCACCAAGAGAUUCACGAUAUCGAAGAGUCGAUUGCGGCAGAGACGGAAAAGUUUGACGGCCAAGGUCGUUUCGCUCACAUGAAGGGGAUCAUGAAGGAGACUUUCCUAGUCCCCGCCAAUCUGCGACGUCUACAGCAGGCCAUGAUAUCUUAUGCGCUUGCUCAACUUUCCGGCGCCAACCUGGUCACCAGUUACUUUGUACCCAUCCUCAAACUCAUGGGCCUGGCCUCGGACAACAACGCGAAAAGAGCACUGUUCCUCAGUUGCAUGUACAGCAUGGCAAAGUUCUUCUUCACCGUCAUCGCCUCUUUCUUUUUCAUCGAUGCCCUUGGGCGACGGAGGUCGCUCUUCAUCGGAAUCACGCUUCAAAUGAGCUCCGACAUCUACCUCGGUGUUUUCAUCAAAUAUGUUCAACAAUCGACUGUCAACGUUGCAGCUUCACAGGCCGCCACCGCAUUCAUCUUCAUUCAUGGUUUCGGCUAUGCAGUGGGUCUCUUGGUUCUCCCGUACGUUUUUGCCGGAGAGAUCUGGCCGAACCGUAUCAGAUCCUUCGGCGGUGCCCUCACACAGUGUUUCCAUUGGCUGUUCUACUACGGCGUCAGUGCAGGAAUGCCAUCCUUACUUUCGUCGAUGGACAACUGGGGAGCUUUCAUAUUUUUCGGCGGAUGGUGCUUCGUUUCGUUGAUAUAUGUCUACCUCAUGGUACCAGAGAUUGCUGGUCUGAGUGUUGAAGAGAUUGAUGAUCUUUUCAGAGGGCCGUGGUUCAAUGCCUACAAAAGGUCUAAACAACGAACCGUGAUUACAAGCGUCGAAAGUCAAGAAACAGUUGAGCAAUGCGUAACAAGUGAAGCCAACACCGUUAAAGGGGCCAAGGAUUGA